GCUUACCUAUUUCAAAACCCUCUCUUUGUUAUAGCUUCUCUCUUGCGGAAGCAAAAAAAAUAUAUAUAUAUAUAUCUUCUCACAAAGGUUCGACAAUAAUGAUUCUACUAUGUGUGUUCAUGGCUUCUAUAAUGACCGCCACUGCUGGCAACUUUCACCAAGAUGUUGACAUUACUUGGGGUGGUCCACGUGCCAAUAUACUAGAUGGAGGCCGACAACUCUCACUUUCUCUCGAUAAAGAUUCAGGGUCAGGUUUUCAAUCAAAGCAGGAGUUUCUAUUUGGAAGAUUUGAUGUACAGAUGAAGCUCGUCCCUAGAAACUCUGCAGGCACUGUCACUACUUUUUAUUUAUCUUCUCAAGGAGGAUCGCACGAUGAGAUUGACUUUGAAUUCUUAGGCAACUCGUCUGGAGAGCCAUACACACUUCAUACCAAUGUUUACUCACAAGGAAAAGGAAAUAGGGAACAACAAUUUCACCUUUGGUUUGAUCCCACCAAGGGAUUUCACACCUAUUCUAUCGACUGGUCUCCAGAAAGUAUCAAGUUUCUAGUGGAUAACAUUCCUAUAAGGGUAUUCCAUAACUGGGAAAAGAUUGGAGUUUCUUACCCGAAGAGUCAACCCAUGAGAGUUUAUUCAAGUUUGUGGAAUGCAGACGAUUGGGCAACCAGAGGGGGGCUGGUGAAGACUGAUUGGACACAAGCUCCUUUCACAGCAUCAUACAGAAACUUCAAUGCCAAUGGAUGUGUUGCAUCAACUGGGUCAUCAUCGUGUGCCUCCAAGUUUUCGAGUACUUUGCAAGGUGGUGCACAGAGUGAUCAAGGACUAGAUGCCAGGAGUAGAAAUAGAUUGUCUAAGUUCAUGAUUUAUAAUUAUUGCACUGACCACAAAAGAUUUCCUCAAGGCAUUCCAGCUGAAUGCAAGCGCCCGAGGUUCCUGUGAGAGAGCUUGCACACCAAACUCUAAAGCCAAAGUCAUAGUAUACAGCUCAAGACAUUCAACUGCAUGCCUCUAUGUGUGUCUCAUAUAAUUAUUUGGUUUCAUGUAAUUAAUUUAUUCUUUUUGCAUAAAAAUUUGUUAUCAUUAUUUAUCUUAUUUUACCUCUC